CAAGGCGCGGGUAGUCGAGCGCCGAGAGGGCGAGUACGCGCUGGAGACGCCGCGGUCCCGGGCACCGGCGCACGAGCCGACCGUGGCCAUGGGCCUGGGCGCCAGCGCCGAGCAGCCCGCGGGAGGCUUCGAGGGCUUCCACCUGCACGGGGUGCAGGAGAACUCCCCCGCCCAGCAGGCAGGCCUGGAGCCCUACUUCGACUUCAUCAUCACCAUCGGGCACUCAAGGCUGACCCAGACUUGUCUGGGGGGCCCGGCCGCGUGUGUGUGGGGGGUCUGGGAGUCAGCCCCGCUGCCCCUGCAGAACAAGGAGAAUGACACGCUCAAGGCCCUGCUGAAGGCCAACGUGGAGAAGCCGGUGAAGCUGGAGGUGUUCAACAUGAAGACCAAUAAGGUGCGCGAGGUGGAGGUGGUGCCCAGCAACAUGUGGGGCGGCCAGGGCCUGCUGGGUGCCAGCGUGCGCUUCUGCAGCUUCCGAAGGGCCAGCGAGCACGUGUGGCACGUGCUGGAUGUAGAACCCUGUUCCCCUGCCUCUCUCGCUGGCCUGCGCCCCUACACCGACUACGUGGUCGGCUCAGACCAGAUCCUCCAGGAGUCCGAGGACUUCUUCUCGCUCAUCGAGUCCCAUGAGGGGAAGCCCUUGAAGCUGAUGGUUUAUAACUCCGAGUCCGACUCCUGCCGGGAGGUGACUGUCACUCCCAAUGCAGCCUGGGGAGGAGAGGGCAGCCUGGGCUGUGGUAUCGGCUACGGGUAUCUGCACCGGAUCCCAACCCAGCCUCCCAGCCACCACAAGAAGCCAUCUGGUGUCCCACCACCUGGUGUCCCGCCGCCUGGUGUCCCGCCGCCUGGUGCCCCACCACCUGGACCCAUCCCCCAGGACUCUCCUGCCCCUUCUGGCCUGGAGACAGGCUCCAGGCAGGGUGACUACGUGGAGGCCCUGCUGCAGGCACCUGGCUCCUCCAAGGAGGAACAGCUCCCUGGGCCUGAGAGUCCUGGCCAUGGCACUCCGGACCUUGGCGACCUUCCCCGUUCCAUGGAGAUUCCUCUUCAUCCUCCGCCUCCACUGCAGCGAGUCAUGGACCCAGGCUUCCUGGACGUGUCCGGCAUCUCCCUCUUGGACAGCAGCAAUGCCAGCGCCUGGUCUGGGCUGCCCUCCUCCACAGAGCUGACCUCCACUGCGGUCUCAGCCUCAGGGCCGGAGGACGCCUGCUCCAGCAGGGGUUCUCGUGAGCGUGGCGGUGAGGCCACCUGGUCUGGGUCAGAGUUUGAGGUCUCCUUCCCAGACAGCCCAGGCACCCAGGCCGACCACCUGCCUCAGCUGACACUUCCCGACAGCCUCACCUCUGCAGCCUCACCAGAAGAUGGGCUGUCCGCUGAGCUGCUCGAAGCCCAGGCUGAGGAGGAGCCAGCAAGCACAGAGAGCCCAGAUUUCAGGGCAGAGGCUGAGGGGGCAGCCAGCCAGGCACAGCUCUCCACCCCAGAAUAACACCCCAGGCUCUAAGAAGGGCCUCUGAUGGCAUUUCAUGAGGCCCGGAAGUGGGAGGCAGCUCAGGCCACACUGCGUGGCCGAACCCCCUGCGUUGUGCUUCCUAGGCUGCUGCUGACGGGGUGGGGGUGGGGGUGUGGCUUGUGUCCACUCCGACCCUACUGGUCUCCAAGAGGUGACCUCCCAGCAUUCAUUCUGCCUGAUGGUCCUGCCUUCGGGGAAUUGACCACUUGUUUGAGAAUCUCAAGUACUUCUCGGGUAGCAGGGGGCUGGGAGUAGCACCCAGGUUAAGUAAGUUUUCCAGGAGCUAGGGUCGGAGAGCAAAGGAUUCUUUGCCACUCGGGCAGGGCGUGGAACUUCAGUGGCCGCGGGCCUUGGGGAAGGGCAUCUUUUGGCCACGUACCCACUGCUUGCUCCUGCUCUGGUCACUGUGGCUGCACAGAAGGUAGCAGAGUCCAGGCACCAUCAGGUGUGAAGAUGGGGUGAGGGACGAAGGGGUUGGUGUGGAGUGUUUGCCUAAUCGCUCUGUAGGGCUUGCAGUGAUUCUUUCCACAGAGCUCAGCCAGCUCUAUCUGUAAUGGAAGGCACCCCCAAGCCCUGGGGACCCCUGCCGCUCCAAUUACUGUCUCACUCUGUGCUACACUGCACAGUUGGCUCAUGCUGACCACAUAUUCCAGCCAUGGUUGGAGGAGAGGCAGUGAACUUGCUCACCUCUUCUGAGGGAGGAUGGUUGGAAAUUCUAGGCCCUUCAGCACACUCACCUGUGCUUGGACCAUGAUGCUUCUUCUUCCCCACCGUCUACACCCCACAGACCUAGUGUCCCCAGUUGUGACUCCUGUCAGCUCCCAAACUUUUACAACCAUCUCUUCUAAAUAUACAUGUCAUCCAGCCAGCCCCAGUGGUGAGUAAAAGUUACAAAUUUAAUUUCACCAUCCUAAGCAGACUCUCAGAGCCAGUCCUCCCGACUGGAGUUCUUUACACACAGCUCCCACUCCAAGGGGAGAUGAGGGGCCUGGACAAGAUUGGGUAAGGGCCCUUCUGUUCUCUCCUGUAGUACGGGAGAGGGCUGUUCCCCUCACCUCCAGUGCCUUGGGAGGCUAAGACUAGGUUGGGUCUUUUGCUCUGCCUGGUUCCUGCAGGAAGAGGAGGGCUCCAUCCAGGGAUGGCCCCUCAUCACUUGAAGUCCUCUCCUCUUUGGCUAGAGUCCCUCACCUUCCCACAGCCCUCACUGAGUACCAUGAACGCUUCCUCUGGCCUGGCCUUCUAGCCUCGGCCCAGUCGAAAGUCCCACCUUUACCAUUUGAUUUGGAAUGUGUGCACUUACAGGGAAUUCAGAGCAGAGCUCUCUUAGGCUCAAAGGACAAGGACUGUCUGCUCUGGGGGGCACAGACCAAGUAUAUGGAAGGAGGGCCCCAAACCAGCAAACACUUCGCUUCUAGCACCGUGACUACAUUUAAAAAGCAAGUCUUUGUCAAGUCUACCAGAGCAGCUGAUAAGCCCACAGAACAGGGAGGCAUUGUGUCCAAAGCCAGUGCUGGAGCCUGGUUCCUGGAUUGUCUGGGAGCCCAGUGCAGCAAUCCAGGAAGUAGAAAAGAAUCACCAUGGGCCUGUUCUGAGGCCAGCUUCCCUUCACUGUAGUCUGGCAGUCCGACCCAGAGUCACCCUCACCCAAGGGACCUGGUUCUUCCCUCCCUCACUUUCACACACUCCCCUCCUUAAAUUGGGGGAUAAAAUGGAUAUCAAUGCUGAUUAUUUCCACGGUAAACACAAAACCAGAAGUUUCUUCUUUUCUCUGUAAUCUGCUAUGAAGGAAAAUGACAAGUGAAAAUAAAUGGGUACUACACUUUGAAA